AUGGCAGGCUUGAAACGCAAGGCAACAAGUCAAGCAGACGGCAAUGAUACCAACAAAAAGAGCAAGAGUGGAUCGCACCAGCAGCAAAAGGCGUUGAAGCUCGAGCGUAAGGCGCAGGAUCCCAAGUUUGAUAUGAUGACAAAGACCAAAAAGAUCUGGGAGACGCUUCGACGUGGUGACAUUAGCAAAGAGGAAACCAAGGACCUCAUGAGCCAGAUCAUGGCUUUGAUCGCCGGCCAUGUCAAAGAGGUCAUUUUCAAGCACGAUGCUUCUCGUAUCAUCCAAACCUGUCUCAAGAAGGGCAAUUCUGAACAACGAAAUCAAAUCGUAUCCGAGUUGAAUGGUCAUUUUGAGGAGCUCGCUAAGUCUAUGUAUGGCAAGUUCAUUGUUCUCAAGGCACUUGAAUAUUGUCCCAAGCAACGAGAUCAAGUCUUGUCUGAAUUCCGUACACAUGUCAGAAAAUUGAUUCGCCACAAAGACGCUUCCACUGUUGUCGAGACAUUCUAUGCUCAAUAUUCCAAUGCCACGCAACGCAAUGAGCUUUUGGCCGAGUUUUAUGGUCCUGAGAUGACUCUUUUCAAUCGUGGUGGUGGUGCAAAGACGCUCGAAGGCUUAUUGGAAUCGCUCCCAGAGAAGAAGGAUACGGUUCUCAAAUUCAUGUCCGAGACCUUGAUUGGAUGCACAGAUAAGGGUACCAUCGUACACAGUAUCGUCCACAAGGCAUUGUUGCAGUAUUUGACAUAUGCAGAUGCCAAGGAUCGUGAGAAUAUGAUGGCCCAUAUUAGAGACAAUCUUCAAGAGAUUUUGCACACUCGUGAAGGAGCCAAGGUAGCCAUGAUUUGCAUUUCAUACGCUUCUCCCAAGGAUCGUAAAGCCAUUGUCAAAAACUUCAAGCAAUAUCUUGUCAAGAUUGCCCAAGAUGAAUAUGGCCACUUGGUCUUGAUUCGCCUGUUGGAUGUGAUGGAUGAUACGGUGUUGAUCAACAAGGCUGUCAUCAACGAAUUAUGCAAGAAUGCCACUGAUCUUUUCGCCGACAAGUUUGGACGUCGCGUGUUUUUGUACAUCCUUGCUGGUCGCAACACAAAGUACUUUUCUCCCGAGACUGUUCGACAAAUGAAUGAAGGUGAUGCUAUUCGUCAAAGCAAAAAGGACCCCGAAGUUAGAGCCAAGGAAAUCUUGAAUGAAGCAUCGCCUCUCUUGAUCGAUACUGUUGCAAAGAAAGCCCCUGUGUUGAUGCGUGAGAAAUUAUCUUCCCAAGUUGUCCAGGAAAUCUUGUUGCAUGCCACAGGUGAUAAGACAGCAGCCAUCAAUGCCAUCUUGGACUUGGCUUCUGAAAAUAUUGAAAAGGAGAACCACAUUAUGCAAGAUCGCUUUGGUAACCGUGUCAUUAAGGCGAUGGUUAAGGCUGACAGUGCCGAAGAAACCAAUGACAAGGCUGUUGAACCUCUUGACUUUGCACCUCAACUUCUUGAACGUAUCAAGCCCCAUGUCGGAUUCUAUGCCACCAACUUUGGCAGCUUUGUUAUUGUUGCAUUGACCGAAGUACCAUCCACAUCCUCAAAAAUGAAGAAGCUUUUGAAACCACACAAGAAAGACAUUCAACAAGCUGCCAGCGAGAACAAUGCCGGUGCCAAGAUCCUUAUUGAAUUAUUGUAA